ACAGUCUAUCGCAAUGUCGGAUAAAAAAGUUUUCAUUCUGAGUGGAGCUCGCACUCCCAUCGGAGCUUACCGAGGAUCUUUCGCUAACUUUGGCGCAGUUGAGCUCGGAACGGUCGCUGCAAAGGCAGCAAUUGAACGAUCAGGAGUUGCUCCGGAGAAAAUCGAAGAAGUAAUUGGUGGAUGCGUACUUCCGGCCGGUCUAGGACAAAAUGUGACCCGACAGAUCUCUUUGUCGGCUGGUCUUCCAGUAACAACGCAAGCUGUUACGGUGAACAAGGUUUGCUCUUCUUCGAUGAAAGCCUUGGUGACAGCAGCUGUGGAAAUCAAAGCAGGAUAUUAUGACACUAUUCUUGUUGUUGGAACUGAAAAUAUGAGUCAAGUUCCAUUUUACGUGCCGAGAGGAGAAAUUCCAUUUGGAGGAAUCCAGAUGACAGAUGGAAUCUCGAAGGAUGGACUUGAAGAUAUUAAAGAGAAAGGUCCAAUGGGAUUAUGUGCUGAGAAGACUGUAAAAGAUUAUGGAAUUACUAGAGAAGAACAAGAUGCAUAUGCUAUUGAAAGUUAUAAAAAAGCUUCAAAUGCAUGGAGUUCUGAAAAGUUUUCGGAAGAAGUGGUACCAGUUAGUGUUAAGACUUCGAGAUCGGAAGUAGUGAUCACUGAAGAUGAGGAGUAUAAGAAACUGAUCGAGUCAAAGGUUUCCUCUUUGAAACCAGUCUUCGUUCGUGACGGCACUGGAACCAUCACACCGGCCAAUGCAUCUUCGCUUAAUGAUGGAGCUGUCGCAACUGUCGUUGUCGGAGAGAAUGCUCUUCCACAAGGAGCUCAUCCACUUGCUGAACUCGUGGCAUUUGCUGAAGCUGGAAGAGCUCCCAUUGAUUUCACCGUGGCACCAGUGGACGCCGUUCGUCUUCUUCUCAAAAAAAGCGGGCUCCAAGUUUCAGACAUUGCAUUGUGGGAGCUCAACGAAGCAUUUGCCGUCACUGUUCUUGCUUUCAUCAAAGAACUUAAUAUUGAGCCAAGUGUUGUUAAUGUAAAAGGAGGUGCAGUAGCGAUUGGGCAUCCACUUGGAAUGUCUGGUCUCCGAAUCGUCAACUCCCUUGCAUAUUCUUUAGCUCCAGGACAGCUCGGUGUAGCUGCAAUUUGCAACGGAGGAGGAGAAGCCACAGCAGUGCUCAUCAAAAAACUGUAAUAUGAACCUCUUGCCUAAAUGUUUUCUGGUCUUCUAUUCAUCAUUCCUUGAUUCACUUUUACAACAAAUUUCGAUUACGUAUUUAUAAAUAGUUAAGGUUCUUGUCACAUAAAUGUUUAUUCUC